GGCUCUAGGUACGCGGAGGCGGAAGUCACGCGAAACCCGGAACUUGUGCUCUGCAUAGCGUCUAAGGAACCUGCAACCGCUGUCAUGGUCCGGAAGCUUAAGUUUCACGAGCAGAAGCUCUUGAAGCAGGUGGACUUUCUGAACUGGGAGGUCACUGACCAAAACCUGCACGAGUUGCGCGUGUUGCGGCGUUAUCGGCUGCAGCGGCGUGAGGACUACACGCGUUACAACCAGCUGAGCCGUUCAGUGCGCGAGCUGGCGCGGCGCCUACGCGACUUGCCUGAGCGCGACCCAUUUCGCGUGCGCUCCUCCGCAGCGCUGCUGGACAAGUUGUAUGCUCUUGGCCUGGUGCCCACGCGCACCUCACUCGAGCUCUGCGACUUCGUCACGGCCUCGUCCUUCUGCCGCCGCCGACUACCCACCGUGCUGCUUAAGCUGCGCAUGGCGCAGCACCUCCAGGCUGCCGUGGCCUUCGUGGAGCAGGGCCACGUGCGCGUGGGCCCCGACGUGGUCACCGACCCCGCAUUUCUUGUCACCCGCAGCAUGGAGGACUUCGUUACCUGGGUUGACUCAUCCAAGAUCAAACAGCACGUGCUGGAGUACAAUGAGGAGCGCGAUGACUUUGAUCUGGAAGCCUAACGGGUCUUCCCCCGCCACUGCUGCAUUUUAUAGGUUGGGAAGCUGAGACCUGAUGCUGGAGAUUCUAUAAGGACGCUUUUCCCGAAGUGUGUCAGCCAGUCCUAGCACACUGGAAGCCAAAGGGUACGCCCCUGUUUUCCACGAAAUUUUCUUAGCUCUUGGACCAUUGAUAAUUAAAUGUGACUUUCUUGAAACAAUGGGAAGCAGCUUUGUGCUGCACUGGGGAGUUAUUAGUCUCUUGUUCCUUUAACAUUGUGAAGUGAAAGCAAAAACUUCGCAUCCAUCCCUGCUUUCUCCUUAUGUCCUAGCGGGACAAUUUGGUUCAUUUAAUUCUAAUUUUUGUUGCUGUUCAUGAUUAAGCUGUGUACUGGUGUAGAGAAUUUGGUCUUAAGUUCUUAUAAAAUGGGUAAGCCUUUAGUGUACAGAUUCCCAUCCCUUGUUUAAAGGAAUGCUUUUUUUAAUGCUAAUAAAUGGUCCAGCUGCUUUGUAAGUGCAAA